AUGUCUAUCGUUACUCAUAGAGAGACCAGCAAACACACUCACACAGUCAUCUUCCUCCACGGCCGAGACAGUGACGCCCAAGAGUUCCUGGACGAGUUCUUCGAGAGCGAGGCAUCCGAGCCUGCUGGGAGACCACGCACCCUCCCAGACCUGUUUCCAGGUAUCAGAUGGGUGUUUCCCACAGCACCAGCUCUUUAUUCGAAACGCUUCGAUACCACGAUAUCGCAAUGGUUCGAUAUAUGGUCAGUCGAAGAUCCUGAGGAGCAAGUCGAAAUCCAAAUGGAUGGAUUGAAACAAAGUGUUACCGCCCUGCUGGAGGUGAUGAGAGCCGAAGAAAUUCAUGUGCCUCGACAAAACAUCUUUUUAGGAGGUAUCAGCCAGGGAUUUGCGAUAGCGUUGUCUGCCUUUUUUGCAAACGGCCAAGGGUUCGCUGGCCUGAUUGGCCUAUGUAGUUGGAUGCCUUUCGCCAACCUUAUCGAAGAUCUUAAAGCAUCUAGCGCCAGUGACGAGCAGCUUUCCAACGCAGUUCAGAGGAUUUACUUCGGUCAGCAGUCCCCAGAACCAUCAUCGCCGUCCCUCCGGUCUACUCCCAUCUUUCUCGGCCACUCAAUCGAUGAUGACACUGUACCCAUUAAGAAUGGAAGGCGAAUGUGGGAUGUCCUAGUGCAUUCCUUAGGAUUGAAAACUCAGUUACACGAGUACGCGGAUGGGGGUCAUUGGGUGAACGACCCUCAAGGUGUGGACGACAUUAUGGAAUUUCCGAAUCUCACCAUGCGAAACCUGGGAGUCUCUGAUGAUGAAAUAAUACACGUCGAAUCGACCAUCGACCUUCGGCUUGUCUGA